CCCAAACUGCAUGACGCAGAUCUUAGAGGCAACUGUUACUACUUAAAUCAGAAAGAAUACCAGAUGGGGUGUACCGGAUCCAGCCAUGUGGUUCUACGAAACUAGCAUUGUUUAAGUUCCGAGUUAUCACUGACCAGUUUUGUGAUAAUAUCCGUCGACGCAGGAGGUUUUCACGGUGAUAGUAACUACCAUGAACAUACCAACGCCAAACCCAGGAUGCGGAACCGUCAAGCUCCGUCUUGCGAUCAGCCUGGACAUGGGUGGGCGGCGCAGUGGCCCUGUAAAUAAAAUACAACCAACCCGACCAAGUUUCCGACAGCCCGAUCUUUGGGAAGAACAUGGGUGGAGAGAUAGCGAAACAACCCCGUUGGGUCCAGGUGACACCAACAAAGAGAUGAACAUACAAUUGGCGCAGAAUUGCUGCUUAAGCGUCAGAGCCAUGCAACAUUUCUUUCUUCCCUCUUUCUUUCGCGCUUCAUUGCGCAUAUCUUCUCGUGUUCAGUUUGUGCCCAAGAAUAACAAUGGAACUCAGCCCUUCUCGGCUCUUUUGAUACCCCCAAAUGAAGGAACGAAGGCGAUAUUUGUACCGAAGGGUUUGUUCUCCCCGUCGGGCGUUGCUCUCUUACGACGGACUCCAACCUGGGGCGUUGAACCAGAUUGCCGGGUUCGUGCUGUUCUCUGUCCAUCGGCUUCUCCCCAACCCCGGGUCUGGCAGGUUCUCCCUGAUACGUGGCCCCGGGUAUUUCCAUGGGGCAGUAUGACCGGGAGCAGGUUAUCAAGCGUGGUUCUGUUGCCUCCAAGUGGUCUUUGUUGACCGCUAGUUGCCGCCAGUGUGUAUAACCACGCCGAGUAUAUACAUAAUAGAUAUAAGAGGAUCCAGGGGAACGGUCCCUGGGUGAUGAGUUGUUAUCCUAUUC